AUGGCCCCCGCCCGGGGCCGCCUGCCCCCCGCGCUCUGGGUCGUCACGGCCGCGGCGGCGGCGGCCACCUGCGUGUCCGCGGCGCGCGGCGAAGUGAACUUGCUGGACACGUCGACCAUCCACGGGGACUGGGGCUGGCUCACGUAUCCAGCUCACGGGUGGGACUCCAUCAACGAGGUGGACGAGUCCUUCCGGCCCAUCCACACGUACCAGGUGUGCAACGUCAUGAGCCCCAACCAGAACAACUGGCUGCGCACCAGCUGGGUGCCCCGCGACGGCGCCCGGCGCGUCUACGCAGAGAUCAAAUUCACGCUCCGUGACUGCAACAGCAUGCCAGGCGUGCUGGGCACCUGCAAGGAAACCUUCAACCUCUACUACCUGGAGUCCGACCGCGACCUGGGCUCCAGCACGCAGGAAAGCCAGUUCCUCAAAAUCGACACCAUCGCCGCGGACGAGAGCUUCACGGGCGCCGACCUGGGCGUGCGGCGGCUCAAGCUCAACACGGAAGUGCGCGGCGUGGGUCCCCUCAGCAAGCGCGGCUUCUACCUGGCCUUCCAGGACAUCGGCGCCUGCCUCGCCAUCCUCUCUCUCCGCAUCUAUUACAAGAAGUGCCCGGCCAUGGUGCGCAACCUGGCGGCCUUCUCGGAGGCGGUGACCGGCGCGGACUCGUCCUCGCUGGUGGAGGUGCGGGGCCAGUGCGUGCGGCACUCGGAGGAGCGGGACACCCCCAAGAUGUACUGCAGCGCCGAGGGCGAGUGGCUGGUGCCCAUCGGCAAGUGCGUGUGCAGCGCCGGCUACGAGGAGCAGCGGGAUGCGUGUGUGGCCUGUGAGCUGGGCUUCUACAAGUCAGCCCCUGGGGACCAGCUGUGUGCCCGCUGCCCACCCCACAGCCACUCCGCAGCCCCAGCUGCCCAGGCCUGCCGCUGUGACCUCAGCUACUACCGUGCGGCCCUGGACCCGCCUUCUGCAGCCUGCACCCGGCCACCCUCUGCGCCCGUGAACCUCAUCUCCAGUGUAAACGGGACCUCGGUGACCCUGGAGUGGGCCCCUCCCCUGGACCCGGGGGGCCGUAGUGACGUCACCUACAACGCCGUGUGCCGCCGCUGCCCCUGGGCCCUGAGCCGCUGUGAGGCAUGCGGGAGCGGCCCGCGCUUCGUGCCGCAGCAGACCAGCCUGGUGCAGGCCAGCCUGCUGGUGGCCAACCUGCUGGCCCACAUGAAUUACUCCUUCUGGAUCGAGGCGGUCAACGGCGUGUCCGACCUGAGCCCCGAGCCCCGCAGGGCUGCCGUCGUCAACAUCACCACCAACCAGGCAGCCCCGUCCCAGGUGGUGGUGAUCCGGCAGGAGCGGGCGGGCCAGACCAGCGUGUCGCUGCUGUGGCAGGAGCCGGAGCAGCCCAACGGCAUCAUCCUGGAGUACGAGGUCAAAUACUACGAGAAGGACAAGGAGAUGCAGAGCUACUCCACCCUCAAGGCCGUCACCACCCGGGCCACCGUGUCGGGCCUGAAGCCCGGCACGCGCUACGUGUUCCAGGUCCGGGCCCGCACGUCCGCCGGCUGCGGGCGCUUCAGCCAGGCCAUGGAGGUGGAGACCGGGAAACCCCGGCCCCGCUAUGACACCCGGACCAUCGUCUGGAUCUGCCUGACGCUCAUCACGGGCUUGGUUGUGCUUCUGCUCUUGCUCAUCUGCAAGAAGAGGCACUGUGGCUAUAGCAAAGCCUUCCAGGACUCGGACGAGGAGAAGAUGCACUGCCAGAACGGACAGGCGCCCCCGCCUGUCUUCCUGCCCCUGCACCACCCCCCAGGGAAGUUCCCGGAGCCUCGGGGCUACGCAGAGCCCCACACCUACGAGGAGCCAGGCCGGGCAGGCCGCGGCUUCACCCGGGAGAUCGAGGCCUCCAGGAUCCACAUUGAGAAGAUCAUUGGCUCGGGGGAGUCUGGGGAAGUCUGCUACGGGCGACUGCGGGUGCCAGGACAGCGGGACGUGCCCGUGGCCAUCAAGGCCCUCAAAGCCGGCUACACAGAGAGGCAGCGGCGGGACUUCCUGAGCGAGGCGUCCAUCAUGGGUCAGUUCGACCACCCCAACAUCAUCCGCCUCGAAGGUGUCGUCACCCGCGGCCGCCUGGCGAUGAUCGUGACGGAGUUCAUGGAGAACGGCUCUCUGGACGCCUUCCUGCGGACCCACGACGGGCAGUUCACCAUUGUGCAGCUGGUGGGCAUGCUCAGAGGGGUGGGCGCCGGCAUGCGCUACCUCUCAGACCUGGGCUACGUCCACCGCGACCUGGCUGCCCGCAACGUGCUGGUGGACGGCCACCUGGUGUGCAAGGUGUCUGACUUCGGGCUCUCCCGGGUGCUGGAGGACGACCCCAGCGCCGCCUACACCACCACGGGAGGGAAGAUCCCCAUCCGCUGGACAGCGCCUGAGGCCAUCGCCUUCCGGACCUUCUCCUCGGCCAGCGACGUGUGGAGCUUCGGCGUGGUCAUGUGGGAGGUGCUGGCCUACGGGGAGAGGCCCUACUGGAACAUGACCAACCGGGACGUCAUCAGCUCGGUGGAGGAGGGGUACCGGCUGCCCGCGCCCAUGGGCUGCCCGCGCGCCCUGCACCAGCUCAUGCUGGACUGCUGGCACAAGGACCGGGCCCAGCGGCCCCGCUUCUCCCACAUCGUCAGCGUCCUCGACGCGCUGAUCCGCAGCCCUGAGAGCCUCCGGGCCACCACCACCGUGGGCAGGUGCCCGCCCCCUGCAUUCGCCAGGAGCUGCUUUGACCUCCGAGGGGGCGGGGGCGGCGGCGCGGGCCUCACCGUGGGGGACUGGCUGGACUCGAUCCGCAUGGGCCGGUACCGAGACCACUUCGCUGCAGGCGGUUACUCCUCCCUAGGCAUGGUGCUGCGCAUGAAUGCCCAGGACGUGCGCGCCCUGGGCAUCACCCUCAUGGGCCACCAGAAGAAGAUCCUGGGCAGCAUCCAGACCAUGCGGGCCCAGCUGACCAGCACCCAGGGGCCCCGCCGGCACCUCUGACUCGUGGCUCCAGGGCCGGGCAGCACCAGCAGCCAGAGGACGUGCAGGGCUGCCAGCAGCCGGCGUGGCCCCAGGCCCCUGCCGGACCCCACUGCUGCCCUCCAGGGGCACCGGAGAGGCUGAAGGCUCCCCUGGAGGACCCAGAGUUACAGGGGUCUGGCACCUCGGGACAGGUCCUUGGUGCCCAGUGCAGAGGUCACCUGCCCCCGGGAAUGGAGGGCCUUCUCUCUUCCAGACCCCAGGGCCUCAAUGCUGAAGGGCCCCACAGAGACGCCGGUCACUGCCUCUGUGUGUGAACAGUGUCCCCUGUCAGGCCCAGCACAGAAUGCACGUGUUGUGAUACGUGUGCUUAUCCAUGAAGGCUGGGGCCACAUGCAGGUGACAGUGGAUGAUGUGUCAUGAAUGAGAGAGUGUGACCAGCUUGCGAGCAGGGAGCUGGUGUGGCUGCCCAGGGCCAGCACCCCAAGGUCCUGACCAAGGCUCAGCCCCUGCUGCCCGGGUGCCUGGAGGCUGGAGCCAGGGGCCACUUCUGAACCUCACCAGCACCAGGCCCACCCUCCCGCUGCCUGGGAGAGCCCACCCCGGCUGCAUCUCAGGUCCAACCUCCCCUGCAGCUGGGGGUCCCCUGCAGCCUCCUCUGGCUUCCACCACUGCUCAACGGGAAAACAGGGUUCCUGGCCAGUCCCCCUGGCCACCUUUCGAGUAGGCAUCACAGUAGGGGACGCGAGCCCCGCUCAGCUGACUUGGCGGCCUGGCCAGGGCGGGCAUCCACUUCCCCCUGUCGGAUGCCCACCCUCCUCCAGGGCCGACGUCUCCUCAAGUGGCGGCCUGUUUGCCAAGCUCCCGCCCCCUCCCCCAUGCCUAGGACCUGCCGCUCCGCUCUGGGUCCACCCCCUCCCACACGGUAUGCGGACCCGGGCCUGGAAGAGGCUAUGCCUUGUCCAAAGUCACUGGGCAGCCGUACUUCAGAUCCAGGGCCUCCUUCCACCCAGCCUAGGGCCCUGCGGUAGUCCGGUAGUCCACCUCCCUGCCCCCGCACCCCGCUGCGUGGACAGCUGGAGUGGGCGGGGCCAGGGGAGCCCCGCCCCUCUGACGGGCUGACCCACCCCUCACGGCCCACCAGGGUAUGUAAAUAUCUUUUUUCUACCAUGUCGGAAUAUUUUUUUCCUCACUCCUGACAAUGCAAAAAUGGUCUUCGAAGCACAUAAACAGCACCCAGGGUGAGAGAGCCCCAUCCCAGGGGCAGGCAGGACCCCAGGAACGCCACCAGGUGCCCCUGCUGCCCCAGAAGGAGGGCCCGCCCAGCCCCAGCCCCUGCCCCUGCCCCUGCCCCUGCCCAGCCCAGCCCCUCGCCAUAGCCAGCACAGCUACCCCGCGAGACACCAGCACUGAGCCCCUCUCCCUCCUGCAAUAACUCGGGGCGUCUCAGCCUCCAGGUGCCGCGGCCAGCUCGCCACACCUCUCCGUCGUACGACAUGGCCGAGCUGCUCUUCCUUCCUAUGGAAGGGGAAACAUGGUCAGGACAUGAGCCGGGAGGACCCUGUCUUCCUCCCCACCCCACCCACUCACCUGGUUUCUGGGCUCGGGAUCUUGACCGUUAUGGGGACAUGAGGGCCUGGCACUUGCAAAAGUGUGGCCCCUUCCCCUGGAGCAGGUCCCCCUGGGGUCCCAGGGGCCUGCCUCUCUCUGGUCCCCAUCCCGAGUCUUGAACUUAACUACAAUGAAAAUAAA